AUGGGGAAAGACAUUAAUUCGUUCCAUCUUCUUGAUUACAACAUUUGUUUUGAUGAAGACCAAGUCGAAUCUAGGAAAAUCGAUAAUGAAUUGGCUGUUGAAAUUCUAGAAGAAGAUAUUGUUGCAUCAGAAGCGCUAAAUAGGAAGACAUUCCUGUACAAGGCACUUCUUGCCGCAGUAAGAUCAAGAAAAUUAGUCGCACUUGCAACUGCUUCAUCUGGUGUUGCUGCAUCUAUCCUUCCUGGAGGUCGAACAACACACUCGCACGUUAAGAUUCCACUGGAUACUGAUGAACAUAGCAUGUGUUAUGUCAGUAAACAAAGUGUCAUCGCAAAGUUACUACGUAUGGCAAGGUUAAUUAUAUGGAAUGAGGCCCCUAUGUCAAGAAAACAACAUAUUGAAGUAUUAGAUAAAAUGUUACGAGACAUUAAUGAUUCAGAGUUAACAUUCAGUGAAAAAGUUGUCGUUUUUGGUGGAGAUUUUCGCCAAGUUUUGCCUGUAGUUCAUAAAGGAACAAGACAAGAACAUGUUGACGCCAGUUUGGUUUCUUCUUAUUUGUGGCCUACAUUGAUCAAGUUUCAUUUGACUGAAAAUAUGCGAGCAAGAUUGGAUCCAGUCUUUUCAGAAUAUGUGUUAGAAUUGGGCAACAAAAUGCCACCAAUCACAGUUGAUGAAACUAUAAAAAUUUCUGAUGGCAUGCUUGUUCCGUAUGAAGAUGACUCUUUAAAGAUGCAGACGGUUUAUACAUCGAUAAAAGAUAUCACUCCAAGUACAAGAGACUGGAAAAUCAAAAUGAUUGUGGCAGAGAAGUCACCCAAACGAACAGGUCAACGCUCACCAGUGAAGUACCAAAGCCUAACAUUGAUUGAUCCAGAGGAAAAUCAGUUGCAAGCUACGAUAUUUGAUAAAGAUAUUGACUCGCGACAAGAUACUUUGCACAUUUUUCAGUCAUAUUACAUCAAUAAUGCAUAUGUGAAGCCAUUGGAUCCGAAAUAUAGAAUUGAAACACAUGAAUAUCAAUGA